CAGCGGGACACCGUCAUGGUGGACAUCGCCUCGCUUCCAGAGGGCUCACAUAAGUCUUCCGCGUCUCCCACCCAGCAACUACUAUCCACCAUAGCCCCAGCAAUUGCAGCGGUAAAGGCACCCCCAAGCGCCUGCCGUCAGCUUGCUUUACCUGUUUCCGGGCGAACACCAAGUUCAAGGACAACUUUGCGUCCUGGGAGCAGUGUUGCGAAGCGCAGCAUGUCGCCGCACACGCUCCAGACACCGGCGAGGAAGCAGAGCAAGUGGUCGGCCGAGGAGGAUGCUCUGAUCAUCGAGCUCCGGGGAAGUGGCAUGAAAUGGGACGACAUCUCGAAGCACCUUCCGGGCCGGUCUGUGAUUAGCUGCCGGCUGCAUUACCAGAACUACUUGGAACGCCGCAGCGAGUGGGAUGAAGAACGCAAGAACAAGCUGGCGAGGUUAUUAAAACAGGACAUGUGGCAAAGGGUAGCAAAAGAGUUGCAGGUGCCCUGGCGCGCCGCUGAAGCGAUGCACUGGCAGCUAGGUGAAGCUGACAUGGCGAUACGCGCGGGCGUAGUUCCGUUCUCGCGGAACAUAGCCACGAACGUAUCCCAAGGCCCGCGAGGAGUCCCGCCGACGCUACACGCUCACUCCCAAUCCCACGACUUCGCCAGCCUGUCACCCCGCUAUACUGCAAUCCCGACUAGCGGCCAGCCCCAAAGCUCCCGCGGCGAAAGCCUCCCUCCAUGCCUGCCCUCGCCGCGCAACCGCUUACUCCCACCUCUAAUCCCAACCAGCGACCAACCCCUACCCUUCCGCGGCGAAAGCCUCCCUCGACGACCGCCCUCCCCGCCCGACUACGGAUACAUACCAGGCCCCGCUUCUCUAGUGCAAACCGCCCCAUUGGGCGGCGACCCAGGCCAGCCUGGCGCAGGACGCCCUGGCCUACUCCCAAGCGUCGCCGAGCUUACAGCAGGCGUUCGCUGCUAUAAUCUCCACAACAACUGGGGUGAACAUGAGAGACAGAAAUAG